AAAAAAAUAAAAAAGAGAAAUGGUGCGUGGUAAUAACAACACAAGGCAUGUGAAGCAAGUAAGCAACCUUACAACCCAUGCCAAAGCCAUUCCUUCCUUAGUUCAGUUUUGUAAUACGUUCCUUUUAAACCAAGUUUGGAACACUUAUAAUAACUUCAUAUAUAUACUCGUACAGUAUUGCUCUAUAACUUUAUCUCACAAUCAACUAACCAUAUACCUUUCCUUCUAUAACCAAUUCAUUUCGUGUUUUGAUAUUGCUAGCCAUGCCUAUCUACUCAGACUCCGAUGAUCAAGCUCCUGGCCUGUCUAAUAUGUCAAGGAUGUUUGGCAGAAACCGGUCAUUGCAUUCCAUUUUAGGUGGCCGUAGAGUCGCUGAUAUAUUGUUGUGGAGGAACAAGACCUUAUCAGCAUCAAUCUUAGCUGGGUUCUCGAUAAUAUGGUUUCUAUUCGAGGUGGUUGAACUCCACUUCAUCACAGUUGCAUGUUACAUUCUCAUGACCUUCAUGCUCGUCCUUUUCAUCUGGAUUCAAGGAGCAAGCUUCUUUAGAUGGAGGCCUCCGACGAUGUAUGACAUUCAGAUAUCAGAAACAACAGCGAAACAUGUGUUAUCAAGAAUAAACAAGUUUUUGAUAAAGUUCUAUAGGAUUUCUUGUGGAGAAGAUUUCGCACGCUUCUUUGUGGCUCUCGCUGCUAUUUGGUUAUUAUCCAUCUUCGGAAGCUACUCUAGUGCUCUGAAUGUACUAUAUGUUGUGUUUCUCGGGUUGAUCACGAUUCCAGUUCUCUAUGAACGAUACGAGAGGGAGGUUACCUACCUUGCCACCCAAGGGAAAGGAGAUAUGAAGAGAUUGUACAGGAAGAUAGACACCAAAGUUCUCAGCAAAAUUCCAAGAGGACCAGUCAAGGAAAGGAAAUAUAAGUAAAAAGUUUAAGAAAAAUUGGGAAAAUAUGAAUUGUACUUAAAAAUUAAUGGAUCUUUACUCAAAUCUAUGUGAUGAAAAAAAAAAGCUCUAAAUCAUAAUUUUAAUUUGUUUAUGCUUUGCAAAGAAGAACAAAACUCUGUCCGUCAGUCGUUUUUAGUGAUUCGUAAUUAUGUUGAUCAUUCAAUAAAAUCAUGUUGCACUUCGGUGAAUUUCUCA